AAUGAAGAAAAGGUUUAAUUAGAGAAAAGGGGUUUCCUUUGCUUUGCCUUUUGCCUUUAAUUUUUUUCUUUUUUUUCUUUUUUUUGCAGUAGAAGUGGCGGUGGUUAAUCAUCAAAGGACACUCUUUUUCAUGUAAGCGUGGGGUUCAGCUCUGCAUUUUGUCUGAGUUCCUGUUUGUGGCAGUGUUUUUGCAGAGGUGACUGCCAUCAGAGGGAAAAAUGAAGGUGGGGGCUCUAAAUUCAAGCUCUAAUUUCAACUAAAAGUUUGGGGAAAGAGGAAAGAAUCUGGAAAUGGAUGCUUGUUUAUUGUUGGAAAGAAAUUGAGGGAAGGUGAGUGAGUGAGUGAGUGGAGAUUUUCUUUUACUGAUAGUAUGAAUGGGAAGGAUGAAUUUGAAGUUGAGAAUAGGACGAGUGAUCCUAUGAGUAUCUCCUCCGCCUGGCAAUUUGCUGCUCCUAAUCUUACUAAUGAGUCAGUGGGAUUUGAUUCGACCGGGAAUCCUUCUGUUGUUAGCAAUGGGGAUCUAGGUGUUUCUUCUUGUCCUUCAACCUCAAUGUCUAACUUAUUCACUCCAGCGCUUUUGAACCAUCAUACGGAAUCGCAAAAUUCAGGGUUCUGCACCACUUUCAAUGAACAAAACAGUAUAGUUACUUCUAAUACGACUUUAGUUGAUGGAGAGGAUCUUAAUUCUUUGAGAUCAAAUGGUGAUACUAGAACACUGGGUAUGGAUUGGAACCAACAAAAUCCAUGGAUGAAAGGAGUUUUUUCAGGAAACGUUCCUGGAAUAUUUCCACCUAAUUUGUCUCAACUUCCAGCUGAUUCAGCAUUCAUAGAACGUGCAGCAAGGUUCUCCUGCUUCAAUAACGGAGUUUUUGGGGCUCCGCCUGCAGGUCCAUUCGGCAUUUCAGACUCUUUAGGCAUUCAUUCUGGGGGUGGAUUUGGAAGGCAAGAAGUUAUUUCAAGAAAUGGAGUCUCCAAAGAUGUAUCUUUGCCCAUGGAACUUGAGGCUGAAGAAAAGAGUCCACCUAAGAAUGAGAAAGACAGUGAAAUGUCUCAAGACCGGGCUAAACAGGGUUGUGUUGGUGAGUCUGGCAAUGAUUCUGAUGAAGCUGGGUUCAGCGGUGGUCAAGAUGAGCAAUGCACGAUGGGAGGUACCAUGACAGAACCAUCUACAGAAGGACUGUGCUUUAAGAAAAGGAAAAGGGGUGAGCAGAAUGUGGGACUUGGACAAGUUAAAGAAGCUCCGCAACAAAUCAAUGAAACUGCAAAGAACGGAGCAUUUAAUCAGCAGAAGGGAGGCCAAAACCCAAGUUCUACUACUAGCAAGCCUGCUGGGAAGCAAGGAAAACAAGAUUCUCAACCAUCAGAUGCUCCCAAAGAAGAAUACAUUCAUGUUAGAGCUCGAAGAGGACAGGCAACCAACAGCCAUAGUCUUGCUGAAAGGGUUAGAAGAGAAAAGAUAAGUGAAAGAAUGAGGCUCCUUCAGGACCUUGUGCCUGGGUGUAGUAAGGUCACCGGCAAAGCUGUAAUGCUUGAUGAAAUCAUUAACUAUGUACAGUCACUGCAACGACAAGUUGAGUUUUUGUCAAUGAAACUUGCAACAGUUAAUCCCAGGCUCGAUUUUAACAUCGAAGAGCUCCUCACAAAAGAAUUCAUUCAAUCCAAGGCUGGUCCAUCCCUGUUUGGUUUUCCUCCUGAUAUGCCCGUGCCUUACCUCCCUCAACAUUCGUCUCACCAUGGACUUAUUCCGCCUUGUCUUCCUACAAUGGGGAGCUCUCCGGACCUGCUACGAAGAGCAAUUAAUUCCCAGCUGACAUCACUUGUUGGUGGAUUCAAGGAGCCUGUUCAGCUGCCAAACCGAUGGGAGAAUGAACUCCACAAUGUUGUCCCAAUGAACUUUGAUGUCUCCGCACCCUCCAGUGGUCAAGAUGUUGAUGGUUCUAAUCCACAAUGCAACACCAGAGCAGAACUCUAAUUUUGCUUUUGCCUUUACAUGAUUCAAAGUUGUAUAGGGUAAGUUAGCAUGUGCCAAUAGGGAAUAAUGCAACUUUCAUUUCUCCCAAGUCCGACAGGCAGAUUUCGCCAACAAGCUUGUAAACAUGGAAAAAGGAUGAGAAGUCAGACUGAAGUCUUGGCAUGAAGGUAUAUGUAGGGAUGAAAACCCCGAACGGUUGACACAUUUUCCUGUGUUUCAAUGCAAGUGUUGAGAAUAAUACAAAGGCAAAGACUUGCUGCACAAAACAGACAAUAUGGUAAUCGAUCAGAAAAGAGGCUGCUGCUAUCUUCAACAAGAUUAUGAAAGAAAUCAGAUUAUUUAUAUUUUGAGAAUGAGAUAUCAUCUAAAUUGUGCCCUUGUUUUGCACUUCUCCAUUAAAAUUUAAGAUCUAGCACUCUGUAUGUGAACUCUAGUCUUCUAAUAUAUAUGUUGGUUUCUUCA